CGGUCUUAAUAAAGUUAAUUUGAUAAGAUUUGAUCCAGAAAUAUGGGCAUUGUUGAUGGAUUAGGAGUAUCGACAGGACAGAGGGUUCUCCUGAUAUGGUCUGGUAACCAAGGGGUAGAAAAGCUACAGCAGGCAGUGGAAGAACUCAGAAAAGAAGUGGGGGAUACAGGCAAAGUCCAGGUGGAAAAUAUUGAAAGACUGACAUUAUCUUCCCAUCCUGACUCCUCAUUUGAUGUAGUCAUCUCUGGUUUGAUCCAGCCUUGCUCAUACCUUCACACAACAGACUCCUUGGGUGAAGUAUGCCGCAUUCUAAAACCAAAUGGAGAUUUGAUUGUCAUAGAACCCGUGAAUGAGGCCUCAGAAAAUGGAGCAAUAAAAGCAAAAGACAAACUUGUUUCUACAGUAAAGUUAUCUGGAUUUGUGGAUAUUUCUCAGCCAGAAAAAGUUGCUUUAUCAGCAGAAGAAAUGAAUAGUAUACAAAAUUCUCUUUCAUUGACUAAAGAGUUCCUGGUUGUCAAGAUUACAUCUAAAAAGCCAAAUUAUGAAGUUGGUUCAACAUCUCAACUCAAACUCUCAUUUGGAAAGAAGAAAGCAGCAGAAAAAUCACAGGAAGAUGUGGCUAAGGUGUGGUCCCUGUCAGCCUCAGACAUGCUAGAUGAUGAUGUGGAACUGGUGGAUGAUGAUGCCCUCUUAGAUGAAGAUGACUUUAAAAAGCCUGACCCUUCAUCCCUCCGAGCAACAUGUGGUGAUGGUCCGAAGAAAAAGAAGGCCUGUAAAAACUGUACCUGUGGAUUAUCUGAGGAACUUGAGGCAGAGGCUAAAAGCAAGAAAAAGACUGCUACCUCAGCUUGUGGAAGUUGUUAUCUGGGAGAUGCAUUUAGAUGUGCCAGUUGUCCAUACCUGGGAAUGCCUGCUUUCAAGCCAGGAGAAAAAGUGGUUUUGUCAGGGACACAGUUAAAGGCUGAUGCAUGACAGAAAGGUUAAAAUUAAGAUAUGGACCAUAAAAUUUGUUUUUUGGAAAAAGAGAAAGGUGAAAGUUGGUUAUGUAUUUCUGUGAAAAGUGUGGGAGGGAUGGGGGUCUUGGAUCCAUAUUACAAUGUUUAUGUCCUAAAUACUAUCUGAAAUUAUUCCCUGUAUGAAAUACAAAUUUUAUUGUUGUUAAAUUAAAGGAAAGUAAAGUACAUGCAGAUGAAUUUGAAUUUUGAGACAAAAGUCCUUACAUUUUGGAAAUGAACAGCAUAACUUACAUCCAUGUAGGCUGUGUCUGUUCACUUCUUGAAAGAGAAUAACUUUAGGAGUAGCUAUAUUUAACUGCCCAUUCUUAUGAUGGGGUGUUGAUUGCAAUAUAAGGAUUUUCAGUGAAACGGUGGACUUUUUAACUGAGUCAUGAAAUUAUGAAUGCUCUUUAUUGUAUUGAGAAGUAUUAUGUGUUAGUUAAGCUAAAAGAAUGAUGUACAUUUUUAACUGUCUUUCAAAUAAAAUAUUUUUAUGGCU